GGUACGUUCCACCUUUGGUCUUUGGCGUGCAUGGGAACAUAGGUUGUGUUGGAUGCUGCAAAAAAACUCCAGAAGUUAUUGCAAUGGAUGAAGCAUCUAAAGGACUAAGAACUCAAGAUCAAACAGUGACUAAAGUGGAUGGAUCAGAAGAUUUUUGGAGCAGCAGCACCUUUGAAUUAGACCAUAGUGCUGCUCAGUCAGAGAGAAGCAUUUCUGAUCCUCAAAGCAGUGGAGGCAGUCAAAGUGGUCCUCCUGAAUUUAUCAACCAUGGGCUUCUUCUCUGGAACCAGAUAAGGCAACAAUGGGUUGGAAAUAAGAGGUCUGAUAAUGUCUCAGAAAUUCAAGAACCAAGAAUAAGUUCCAAUGCCACCUACGACAACCUACUUGGGAACAACAAGCCCUUUCCCCAACCCAUCCCUUUGAGAGAAAUGAUUGACUUUCUUGUUGAUAUUUGGGAGCAAGACGGUUUGUAUGACUGAUCAAACAAAAUAGUUAAAAAAAAAAAAAAAAAAAAAGUUUCCAAAGUUUUUUGGAGGAGACAUGAUGUGGAAUUUGUUCAUUGUCCUACUGGAUAGCUGUGAAUGAAGUUAACUAGAAAAUUUACUCUGUGUGGCUUCUUUUCUAAUUAUAUAUCCAUUAGAUUAGUUUAAUUGUAUAA